AUGGCUUCCAGGAGCAUAGGUAGUUCGGCGCUUCAUCAAUUCACUAGGUCAUCACGAUCGACAACCAUUACCUCCAAAACCCGUACACUGUUUCCUAAGUCCACAACUUUCUCCACCAGAGUCCCUAGCCCUUCCAACCAUCACCAAGCCUGGAAACGACAUUCAGUUGUCCUCUUCGCUGCGGCUGCCACGGUUGCAUUGAUCUAUAAUACCAGUCCCUUCACUCAGGUUUUGGCAGAAAGCCCCGCUACCGAAUUGCCAGAGAUCAGGAUCGAAAAAUCUAAGAGGAAAAGGGGGGCUUCAAAGGAGGAGAAUAGAGAUCUCAUCAGCUCACAGCAUUUACAAGUCAAAAAGAGCUGGGAAAAUCCUGGUGUUUAUAUUUGGGGGUCCAAUAUCGGGCAGGUUGCAUCACCAGACUCCAAUGAGCCAUACGUAAAGACCCCUCGACGAUUGUCAUAUUUCGACGAUGUGCUACUACGAGACCUCAAGCUCGAUCGGGGCUUUGGUGCCGCUGUCCUUGAAAAUGGAGACCUCGUGCAGUGGGGGAAAGCCUACUCUGAAGACACCACGGAGCCAAUAGUGACUCUAAAGGGUAAAGAUCUCAAAAACAUUGAAAUAUCCCGAGACCGAGUCAUUGGCCUAUCGAACAAUGGGACCGUCUACUCUAUCCCAGUCUCGAAGUCUGAUCAAGAGACGGGCUACAAACCCAGCGAAAUUUCGUGGAUCCCCUUCCUGAGCACUUCUGCCAGCACAAGCUACAGAAAGCUCUCGCCGCAGAACCUAGGAAUCGGCGAGAAGGUCAUGAAAAUUAGUGGUGGUCUUGAACAUGUCUUGCUCCUCACCAAUAAGGGCCGCGUCUAUUCAGCUGCAUCAGGCACAGAGGACUUCCCAAGCAGAGGGCAACUAGGAGUCCCUGGCGUAACCUGGCUUACACGGCCGGAAGGUGCCUACGACAUGUGCCAUGAGCUGACAACAUUGCGGGGCUUUAAAAUACAGCAGGUGGCCGCGGGAGACUUCCAUUCUGUAGUUCUAGACGAAGAAGGCCGAGUCUUCUCCUUUGGCGACAACAGUUCCGGUCAACUCGGGUUCAACUAUAACCCUGAAGCCCCAUAUGUUGACACUCCAUCCCUUCUUCCCAUUAACAGACUAUACCAAGGUACCAACCAGGUGCCCAAAGUUACCAGCAUUUCGGCAGGUGGCACAUCCAGCUUUUUCUCAGUCGAUGCCACCCGUGUGGCUGGACCGUCUGAAAAUCCCGCGGAGAUCCGUACCUUGGGUCGAGUCACAGCAGACGUGUGGGCGACUGGUGGUGGCCUGAGAGGGUCACUGGGGAAUGGAAAGUGGACACAUGUCCAGGAUCAACCUACAAAAGUGCCCACACUCAGCGGUCUCUUCGAGUAUGAUGAGAAGAAUCGAACCGUGAUCCCCAUCCGGAUGGCUCAGAUCUCUGUCGGUUCGACACAUGCGUCGGCCAUCAUGGAGAAUGUGACUUACCUAGAUGCGAGCGAGAGAGGAACAGAGAACGAUACAAAUUGGGGCGCCGAUGUGCUCUGGUGGGGCGGGAAUGAGUUCUACCAGCUUGGGAGUGGUAAGAGGAACAACGUCGCCACGCCCCAAUAUAUCCGCCCGCUGGACAUGGCUGCGGAAAUCGAAGCGGGCCGAAGAGAGGAGCAUCGUUUCCAUGCCACCCCCAAGCAUACUGUAACUCUCAAGGGUAGAAAGGUGAGCAUGGAGCAGCGCAUCGAGUGUGGCAGGAACGUCACAGCUGUUUUCUCCGCCGUCUAA